UAAGUUUUAAGUACUAUCAUUCAGUUAAUCGUCAUUUUCGAUUAAUUUGGCGAAAAAUUCGAUCGGUUUACCAAUGAUCGACAUAUCUGAGGAUGUCGAUUUAGCCUAUGCCCUAAGCUUACAAGCAGAGCUCGAUCAGGAACAGGAGAACGAAGCUUCAAGGCAUAAUUCAUUGGUUUCGUCCAGUUCCCGUAAGAACGCUAUUCCUAGACCAGUGUCAGUUGUAGAUGAAUCUUGGGAACUUAUUGAUCCUAUACCGGACAUACGGCAGUUAUUUCUACAAUUUAAUGAUGCUUACUUUAAAGGAAUUUUGGGAUCUGUAGAAGUAAAAUGGAGUCCACGAAUGACUUUAUGUGCUGGAUUAUGCUGCUAUGAAGGCCGAGGAGGACUGUGUUCUAUUAGGCUCAGUGCACCUUUACUCAAGCUGCGUCCAAGAAAAGACUUGGUUCAAACCUUACUGCAUGAGAUGAUCCAUGCUUUGUUGUUUGUGACACAGAACAACAAGGAUCAUGAUGGUCAUGGACCAGAGUUCCUUAAACACAUGCAAAGGAUAAAUGCAGAAAGUGGAGCAAACAUUACUGUGUAUCAUAAUUUUCAUGAUGAGGUAAAUGUAUACCGUCAACACUGGUGGCAGUGUGAUGGCCCUUGCCGCAGGAGACCACCUUAUUAUGGGAUUGUAAGGAGAGCAAUGAAUCGAGCACCGUCACCCAGAGACACUUGGUGGGCAGACCAUCAGCGAACGUGUGGUGGGACAUACACCAAGAUUAAAGAGCCAGAUAAUUAUGGUGCAAAAAAAUCUGGCAAGGCAAAACAAGGAAAAGGUGAAAAAGAAACAGGAGUUGCCAAGAACAAGGGGCAUGUGCUUGGUGGAGGAAAUUCUGGAACACUGCCAAGAUUUUUUAAACGCAAAACAAGAGACAGUGAUGAUAGCAGUUGUAAUUCUGAAUAUGACCAAGAAAUGGUGAAACGGAAAAAGAAAAGCCUUGUAGAUGAUGGUGCUGUUGCUUUAUCAGAUCACAAUGAAGACACGAAAUCAAAGUUGAACCAGCCUGGUUCUUCACAGUGGACUACAGAUGUGAUACCAUUUUCUGGGCCUGGCAGAACGUUAGGCUCAAGCUCUGACCAACAUGACUCAAAAACAUUUACCAAGGAAUCUAAGAAGCCUGCUUUUAUUGAGAUAAAAACACCAUCACCAAAUAAAACUAAAACCAGCUCUUCACCAACUCUCACAAUUGUAGAUGCUUUUCAAAGAGCUAAAGAUAAACACAAAAAGUGCAACAGCAGAGGUUAUGACUUGACUAGUCCAGUAUUGGGAUCCCAACAGAAGCCAAUUGAGUUAAUAGCAGAUUCCCCCGGCUCAUCGACAAGGGAAGUUAAACAUUUACACAGUGAUCGUUUCAACUCAACUGAUACAGUGCUGUGUCCUGUGUGCCAAACAUUAAUUUUAAAUUGCAAGAUCAAUCAGCAUCUUGAUUCGUGCUUACAGUGAUAUGUUGAAAAAGCCGAUUUUCAACGUAUGUAUGCUGCUGUAUUUCACGUAAAUUUUUAAGCGGAGAAUGUUAUGGAUUAGUUGAUCGAUCCAAAGUAUUCAAUCCAGGCUUUUGACCAAUGAGAUACAAAGCGAAAGCCAAACGCGCCUUGGUCAUCUGCAUUUUCCCGCGCCUCUGGCAGUUUGCCUUGUUUUCCUUUGAGUUUCGAACAAUUUCAUUUCUUAUUCCUUGGCUUUAUAUCAUGAGAUGGAACUGAAAAUACUCUAAUACGCGUAAUAAAUAAAAGAGAAACAAUAUACUCAAUA